UAUGCUAAUAUGCUUACAUCUCUGCAACAAAGUUUCAGUGAAAAAUUCCGCUUCUAAUAGCUUAGGCAAGUAUUAUUUGUGGCAAAAAACUAUCAACUGACUUUUUGCGUCGUAAAAACAAUCUUCUGGUAUUUUUGACGCGUCUUCUAAAAGUGAUUUCUCUUAUAUCUGCAUCAGGAGUGCGUAGCAUUAUUACAUAUGAUGUCUUAAUACUUUGAUUCUGUUCAAAAGGUCGAGUAUAAUAAUGCCUUAUUAUUAAUCUCGUUAUUGAAAAUCAUUGAUAAAGUUAUGUGCAAAUAAAUUAUAUAUACAUAUAAUACGCGGAAAUUAACUUGUGAAAUCGGGAAUCAGUCAAAAAAACAAAACAAAGAUUAUGUGUUUAUACUUCUUCAAUAUUUGCAUCAUCAAUAUAUUAUUAAAUUUAGAAGGUGAACCGGCGGACGCAUUGGAUUUUACAAAAAAUCUGAAACUACAACAUUUCACAAAUGAGAUGCAAGUUUUUAAGGUAACUCCCCACUUAUGAUAAGAUUGCUUGCAAUGUCUUCGCAAUAGAAGCUAUAUAUAAAGGAAGGUUUCAAUUGAUUCAAAAUAUCAUUGUGCGUUUUGCCUUCACAAUGUUGUCGAAAUCAGUUUUGACUUUUUACUGUGCACUGCAGUUAUUAGUGGCACUUGUGUCAUGUGCAUUUGUACAAAAUGAUUAUAACUUACCAUCAAGUGUAAAAAUCUGCCAGCGAGACGACAGUGAUUAUAACUCUUGCAUCACCGAUGCUGUCCAAGAAUCAUGGAUGACAUUCGUGCAAGGUAUUCCUAAAUUAAAUGUACCUGUCCUCGAUCCUCUGGAUGUGGAAAUGGUGGAGAACAGUGUUGAGACUAAUCAGUUCGUUGGCUACAUGGUAGUACGUGACGCAAAGAUCUAUGGUCUAGCCAAAACGAAAUUCUUGUCAGUGAGACCACAGUUUACAGACAAUCGCAUACAUUUGGAAAUGGACGUCGAGAUUCCAAAAGUAUUCAUCAAGGGCGAUUAUAAGAGCGAUGGAUCUGUAGGUUCUUUCAAUAUUGGUGGCAAAGGACACUUUAACGUGAGCAUGGUAGGCCUGACCGCCACUUGGAGUUUGGACGGUCGUAUUGAGAACGACAGGUGGAUCGUCGAACACUUAAUCGUCGAUCCAGAAAUUCAGGGAAUGAAAGUUUAUUUUAGCGAUCUAUUGAACGGAGACCCGAUGCUCAAUCAAGCAGCCUUGACUAUUGCUAAUGAAUAUUGGCCUAUAAUAUACAAAAGAAUGAAGCCCAUCGUUCAGAAGCUUUCUGACCCUCGUUUGACGGACUUUGUCAAUCGCUCAGUAUUUUCGAAAGUUUCUGUAUCAAAAAUAUUUCCGUAAUUCGUUUUAUGACGUUUAUAAUAUAAUUCUUAGUACUUAUAAUGCCAGCGUAGAAAAAUAUUUAUAAUCGCAACUUAUGUUUAAUAAUAAGCAACUUGAAUGUAGUAGAUAUUAUAUGAUUAAAACUAUUGCAUUACUAUUUA